AUGACGUCCCCGAACCAUGUCAUACCCGGCGAGGUCGUGCAAUCUGCGCCGCCGCUUCUCUUGAUGCCUCACUUAUCUGGACUGAAUGCAGUAAAUCUGUAUGAUGCACCCCUGACUUCUCUUGUAGAUGUCUUCCUACAAAUUCUAGAGGGAGUCGAAUACCUGCACAGCCAGCAAAUUGCACAUCUAGAUUUGUGCACGGGAAACAUUGUUGCAGCCUUUGACGAGCACGCGGUUCACGACAAGCGAGUCGAGGCGGGAAAGAUCUACUUGAUCGACUUUCAGAUGUCACGUCAACUCAGGCUACCACCCGGUCAACAACCUGCCAUUCUCCUCCCUGAGACACAAGUCACGCCUCCGGGAGGCAUCAAACAGUUGGACCCUUAUUCCUGGGACGUCUAUUGUCUAGGCGACGUCUUCAAACGCAGACUGAAGGUGCGGAUCAUUGUGAAGGCCCUCACCCCGCCACUGAUGAUUUCUACACGGGCUUAG